GGGAGUCGCUCUUGUGUGGGUCUUUCUAACCUUCAACACAAGGUGACGGACACCUGGAGCUGUCGCCGCAGUGGGAACAGCCUUGGGUGUGCCUGAUUCCUUAGCCGAAUUGACUUGGGGGGUUUGGAGGACAAGGGAGGUUGUGUGAUGUUGUCAGGUUAGCCUAGGCCGGAAGGGCCCCUCAGAAACGGUGCUAUAAAAAGUCACAGAGGAAGCCACUCUUGCGUCCCGGCGAAAAUACGCCUAUUUGCAUGUCCCAAAACUUGACCGCUCAACAGAAUUUUAAGGUCUGGGCAUUUAACUAAUUUGGCAGAGUGUUUACCUAAUAAACACGAAGCUGUGGGUUCGAUCGUCAGCACCGAAUACCCGGGUUUGGUGGCGCAUGCCUGGAGGAUCAGAAGUUAAAGAUGAGCCUCUGCAAGGAAGAUGUGGCUAUUGGACUGGCAAGAGCAGGGGAAGAUGGAAGGGAACAGGUGAUGAGCCGUGAGUGUAGCUCCCUUCUCCAGGAACCCACUGCUUCUGCUCUGUUUACUGGUACCGUGGUGACAGGAUGUCAUGAGCCUGUCUCGUGUGGAUGGGCAAGACUUGUGAAGCAGAGGUUAUCUGGGAAAACUGCAGGAAGAUUUGAUGUAUACUUUAUCAGCCCAGAAGGACUGAAGUUCAGAUCAAAACGUUCACUUGCUAAUUAUCUUCUCAAAACUGGGGAGACUUUUCUUAAGCCUGAAGAUUUUGAUUUUACUGUACUAUCUAAAGGGGGCAUCAGGCCAGCCUAUAAAGACCAAAGCUCGGCAGCUCUGACUUCCCAGCAGCCAAAUAAAACCGACAUUUCAAACCAGAAGCUCAGGACACGAAGCAAAUGGAAAGCAGAUGUGUUGCUUCUGCCAAGUGCUAAUUCAGAGUCACCAGAUAGCAGCAGACUGUCAAACUCUGAUCAUUUGCUACUGAAAGAGGAUGAGGGCAUUCGGGAUACUGGCUCUGGGAAGAUGAGAAAGCCCAAAAGAAAGGUGAGUGUUCUGAAAGAAAUUGGAACUAAGAAAACCAAACAAAGGUGCAGGAAGAAUCUCUCCAAUUCUGCUCGAAGAAACAGAAAAAGAGACCCUGUGGUUGAGAAAGCAGGUGCUGACAGUGAGUGUCAACCCAACAGACCCCUCUGCCCUUCAGAGGCCUGCAUGAUUGAGACUGUCCUCAUGGCUGGGGAGGAAAAGGGCCUGGGAAAGGAAAAACCUCCGACUCCAGGGUCAGAUCUUCAUUUCACACAGCUAACUUCUGGCAUCACAAACAAAGUACAUUCAACUGAAGAAGCAGGUGAUGCGAAGCCUGAACAGCCUUUUUUAGAAUCAGAGGAAAUCAGAUCGAAGGGAGCUGAAGAGGGGGAGGCGCAUUUGCAUAUCGACGUUGUGCAGGGAGGCUCUGAAAUGCCCAGCUGCUCACAAGCCAAGAAACACUUCACUUCUGAGACACUGCGAGAAGACAGCAUCCCACGAACACAAAUAGAAAAAAGGAAAACAAGCCUGUAUUUUUCCAGCAAGUACAACAAAGAAGCGCUUAGCCCCCCAAGACGCAAAGCCUUCAAGAAAUGGACCCCUCCUCGGUCACCUUUUAAUCUUGUUCAAGAAACACUUUUCCAUGAUCCAUGGAAGCUCCUCAUCGCGACUAUAUUUCUCAAUCGGACCUCAGGCAAGAUGGCUAUCCCUGUGCUAUGGGAGUUUCUAGAGAAGUACCCUUCUGCUGAGGCGGCCCGAACUGCUGACUGGAGGGACGUGUCAGAGCUGCUCAAGCCUCUUGGUCUCUAUGAUCUCCGUGCAAAAACCAUCAUCAAGUUCUCAGAUGAGUAUCUGACAAAGCCGUGGAGGUAUCCGAUUGAGCUUCAUGGGAUCGGCAAAUACGGCAAUGACUCCUACCGGAUCUUUUGUGUCAAUGAGUGGAAGCAGGUGCAUCCCGAAGACCACAAGUUAAAUAAAUACCAUGACUGGCUUUGGGAAAAUCAUGAAAAAUUAAGUCUGUCUUAAAGCUGCCUGUUUGAAAUUUUCUAUGCAUUGCUUUGUGCUUCCAUUUCUAAGCGCCCUGUGAUGUGAUAUACAGUGAGCUCCCUUCCCACGCAUGUAGGUUUCUUCAGUUUGUUAGAAGCCAGUGUAUGUCUUCAGCCUCUGCCACAGGUAGAUCUUUGUCAGUGAGUGUUGUAGACAUACUUUGAAAUUUGAAAAAAUAAUUGUUGAGUAAGGAUCCUAAAAGUGUAUUCAAUUUUUCCAAUGAUGAAAUUCAAUGCGUCAGUGCUGAGGGGCAAUUACCAGCACUCUUGCUGAGGAAAGGCUAACCAUGGUAUUCUCUUUCUGGACAAAGUGAUGUUAGGGUGUACAAUUGUGUAUGAAGGAAGACUCUGCCAUUAUUAUGGGUAUUGCAGUGUUACAGUGUAAAUAAUGAGGCAUUUACCUUAGAGAGAAAUCACCAAACAAAAACUACAUUGACCUACACAUGGUGGCACACACCUGUAAUCCUGGCACUCAGAAGGCUAAGGCAUGAGGAUGGAAAGGACCAGCAUGUAUUGUAUGUAGAGAGAGACUGUCUUAAAACAAACUGGGCCAGUGAGAUGGCUCAGUAGUCACUUGCUGACAAGCCUGAUGAUCUGAAUUCCAUCCCUGGAACCAACUCCUGAACGUUAACCUCUUACCUUUACUUGAAAUCACACAUACAUAUUAGAAAAUAUACAAAUUUUUAAGUAGUGGUCUGCAUGGGCAGUGGCUGAGCAUGCCUUUAACCCUGGCACAGGGGCAGGGGGAGCUCUGAAUUUGAAGAGAGCCAGGGCUACACAGAAAAAACCUGUCUCAAAAAAAACAAAAACAAAAAAGGAGGAAGAGGAGUAGGUGGGGGAGGAGGAAAAGGAGAAGGAGGAAGAAGAGGGAAAAGGUGGUGGGAAUAAUCUGGAGAGAGAUGGUUCAGUGGCUUUAUAUGUUUGCUGCUUUUCCAUAGGACCUGAGUUCAGUUUUUAGCACUCACAUCAGGUAGUUCACAACUGCUUGUAACAACAGCUCCUGGAGAACUAACACCUUCUGUCUUCAUUGGGUACCCCACCCCGAGGGCCAAACCGAAAGGAGGGUGACACAGGGCAGCGUGACUUUUGAAUGUAGUAUAUGUCUGGAGGCUGCUUACGAACCUGUGGUCAGUGUGUUAUGGCCACCUGCUGUCUAAAGCUGGCAUCAGCCGGGAGAAGGUUAUCCCUCCUUAUGGGAGGGAGCCAGAAGCCCCAGAACCCUAGAUUGAAAACUCCACCCCGUCCUCAGGGCGAACCGCCAGCUUCAGAGAGCAGAGGGGGGGUUCCAGCCAUUAGGUGAUACUGGGGCUUUCAUUCCUGUUUGGCUUUUUCACCACCAUGUUCAAUGCCUAUGAGCAGAUCUGGACAGGGUCACCAUCCUCCAGCUGUCAAGAUUCCCUCUUCCUAUUUCUCUUCUGGCUGCUCAGUAUUUGAACUGUGUCUCCUCCCUGCCCACCCCUAGCUAGAAGAGAAUCAGUAUUGGGGUUCCUUGCUGGCCCUUCGUUGCUUUCAGACCACCCCCUCACUUUCAUGACCCAUCUCUGUUUGCUGAGGAGGAGUGACCAGUCUGUGUGAACUGCUGGCCCAGUAGGGCAUCACUUCUGCCCUGGAGGACAGACUACAGACAGCUGUGCAGCCCUCUUCUCUCCAAGCCUUUGUGUUCCCUCAGAGUUCUUAAGUUGAUGUUUAAAGGUGGACUCUUCCCAGCUCCUCUGCUUGUUGAUUUAAUUUUUCUCUCCCUGAUGUCUUGAGUUCUGAUUCAAGUGUCAGUCUCCUUUCCAUCCCUCAAUAUGUCCUUUAUUACAGAUUAUAAUAAUAAUAAUAAUAAAGACAUGAAAUGUUAAAAAAGAAAAAUUAAAAGCAGAAAAUUUAAAUCCUAAUAACUAAACACUAUUUUAAGAUGUGGUUUGAAAACUAAAUUAUAUCUUUCCCUCAAGGCAAACAUCCACUGAAAAUUCAUUAUAUUUCACCCCUUUUUUUCAUUAACAAAAUAUGUUCUAACAUAUUCAGUAACGAAGGUUUACCCAUGCAAAUCAUGGUAUGGUACACUACUAACACUUGGGUAUCUGGAGAGGAUCAUGAUCAAGGUCAAGGCCAGCCUGGGGUACAUGGUAAGACCCUGUCUCAAAAAAACAUAGAAGAUCCACCAGUAGUACAAUAAGAGAAGAAACAGAUGGGUAUUGUGGUGCGUAUAGAUAAUCCCAGCACUUAGGAUGCUGAGGCAGGAGGACUGCUGUGAAGUCAAGGCAGCCUUGUUAUACAGCAAAACCCUGUACAAAAAAAUACAAACCAAACUUGUUGGACUAAAUAAGCUAUGUCUGAAGAAGUGUCUGAUUGUCCUGUUUAAUGGAAUUCUUAAGACCUUACUAUGCUGUGAAACCUAUCACUUUGUAUAAGGUAAUUAAUAAAAUAUUUUUAUUAAAAAGGAA